CACAGCUCAUAGGUCAGUCUGGUCUGAUGUCAUACUGACGUUUUAGGUUGUGAAGGUUUGAGGACUCAACUGCAGUAGGACACCUAACGCCUGAGAAGCCGCAACGUCUGUCGGAAGAAGGAAGAAAGUUGCUGUGACCUCAUCUGGACGAGUUUAACAAGGAACCAAGAUGACAACACUUAAAGAAGACCUUUGGAAAACUCUGGAGGAUUUGACAGAUGAGCAAUUCAAGCAGUUCAAGUGGUGCCUAAAGGAGAAUGACAUCCCCAAAGGCUUCUUAGCCAUCCCAGUGGCCCAGCUGGAGAGGGCAGACAGGCAGGAUACAGUGGAUCUGAUGGUACAAAAAUACAGCUGCCCUGGAGCCCUGGAGAUUACCAUAAGGAUUUUAGAGAAGAUCAGCAGGAAUGAUCUGGUGCAACAUUUGUCAAGCGCCAACACAAGAAUGAAUGGCCUAAAGACCACUGACUCUGUUCUUCUCAAAAAUCAAUAUGAAAGCGAGAAGGCCGUGCUGGUGGAGACAGAGGCUGAAAUUAAGCUGAUGAUCCAGGAGAGACAGAUGAAGAUCUUGGAGGUCAAACACUCAGCAGAGCUCAGCAAGAAAUCUGCACACAAACAGAUCGCAGAUAGUGUGCGGGUCUUUACUAUUUUGCAGCAGUCUGUAGAGAGUAGUCUGGCCAAUCUCAUCGAUAUUAUUGAAGAAAAGCAGAAGAAGACAGAGAAACAGGCCGAAGGAUUCAUCCAAGGGCUGGAGCAGGAAAUCUCUGACCUAACCAAGAGAAGCACUGAGAUGGAGCGGCUCUCACGCGUCAAAGACCACCUUGACUUCCUCCAAAACUUCUCGUCACUGAAUGCUAUCCCACCAACAAAGAGCUGGACAAAAGUCAGCAUCCCUCCUCCAUCAUAUAAGGGAAAUGUUAGGACAGCUGUGGAUCAGCUGCAGGAAAAAUUCAGCAAAGAGACAAAGAAGUUCCUUGCUAAAUCUGAGCUAAUCAGGGUCCAGCAGUUUGCAGUGGAUGUGACUCUAGAUCCUGAUACAGCAAAUCCCUACCUCAUCUUGUCUGAUGAUGGGAAACAAGUAUACUGUGGUAAUAAUGUAGUAAAUCGAAAGACACCAGACAAGCCAGAAAGAUUUAAUCCUGCUACCAAUGUCUUGGGAAAGCAGGGUUUCUCUUCAGGUAGAUUUUAUUAUGAGGUUCAGGUGAAAGGGAAGACUGCCUGGGAUUUAGGUGUUGUCAAAGCGUCAGUCGCUAGGAAGGGAUCAAUCAAUGCAAGCCCUGAGCAUGGCUACUGGACUAUAUGUUUAAGGAAUGGAGAUAAGUACAAAGCUUCUGCUGUCUAUCUUAGUGUAAAAUGUCAGCCAAAGAAGGUUGGCGUGUUUGUGAAUUAUGAGAAAGGUUCAGUCUCCUUUUAUGACGUAGACACCGGAGAACGUAUCCACUGCUUUACUGACUGUUCCUUCAAUGAGAAACUCUACCCAUUCCUCAGUCCCAGUGUUCAUCAUGGUGGUAAAAACUCCACCCCUCUGAUCAUCUCUCCUGUCAAUUACACUGUUUAGAUUUGAUGCAUCAUCUCAAAAAUGUUAUGCGGUAAUUUAAGAAUUUAAGUAAUGUUAGUGUCUGCUAAUGAUCUGACUGGCAAAAAUAAUGUUUACCAACAACAAAGGAGAUGAGGGACAUACUUUACCUGUUUUUCCACUUAAUGAACUUAACUCCAUAACCUGGAGCCUCCCAUACCCUAAACCUAAUGGAACUUAAAGGGCUUUGAUGGUUGCUUGUGUGUUGCUUUUCCAUUUUAUUUUACAAACCAGGAAGGAUCGGGAGUCAUUGUUAGUCAGUGUUAGACAUUGUAAAAGACAUAUCAACUUUAUCCAUAAUUACAGUUCAUGGGGGAAAUAACAAGAUCAUGAAGAGGAAAAAUCUUUUAAAUAAAUGAAGAAAGUUGUUUCUGGUUCUUUUGUUGAUCAGACCAACAAUUAACACAUA